AUGAGUGAUGAAGCAAGCUUCCAAAUUAAGUCUUUAAAUCCAGUCCACAAAUGUGCAAGGAACUACAAGUUAGGGUCCAUGGUCACUUAUGCUUGGAUAGGGAGUCAUUAUACAAGAGAGUUCUUACUUAGACAAAAGAAGAGUGUUAGAAAGCUAAGAACAGCUGUGUCACAGAAGUUUGGCAUUCAUGUUAGUGUUGGUCAAUGCAGGAGAGCUAAGAAAUAUGCACUCCAACUAAUAGAUGGCACCCUAGUUGAACAUUAUGCAAAGUUAUGGUCGUAUGCAGAAGAGAUUAGGAGAUCAAAUCCAGGUAGCACUGUGAAGCUUGAUGUAAAUCAUAUGCCAGAUGGGAAGAACUACUUUAGUAAGUUCUAUGUUUGCUUUGAUGCAUUGAAGAAGGGGUGGAAGGAGGGAUGCAGGAAAAUAAUAGGUUUAGAUGGUUGUUUCCUUAAAGGGAUCUGUAAAGAGGAGUUAUUAUGUGCUUUUGGAAGGGAUGCAAACAAUGGGAUUUAUCCUAUUGCAUGGGCAGUAGUAUGUGUGGAGAAUAAGGGAAAUUGGAGGUGGAUUUUGGAUUUACUCAUUGAUGACUUAGGACUUAAUUUGGGCUAUGGAUACAAUGUAAUAUCUAAUCAACACAAGGGUUUGAUUGAGGCUGUGAAAGAACUCCUUCCUUAUGUAGAGCAUAGGCAGUGUGCCAAGCAUAUUAGCCAAAACCUUAGGAAAAGGUAUAGUGGUGCUCAAUAUGAAAGCAUUUUAUGGAAGGCAUGUAAAGCAACAACAAAGGUAGAUUUUAAGGUUGCCAUGAAAGAGCUUGAAGUGCUAGACCUAAGUGCUCAUCAGUAUCUGAUGGACAAAGACCCCAAAACAUGGUCAAGGGCCUACUUCCAACCAGGAAGAUGUUGUGAUGCUGUGGAGAAUGGAAUGUCAGAAAGUUUUAAUCCUGUGAUUGUUGAUGCUAGGAAGAAACCAAUUAUCACCAUGCUAGAGGAGUUGAGGAUGUAUAUGAUGGAGAGGGUGUUGAAGAAGAAAUGCAAGGGUCUAGGAUGGGGCAACCAAAUUUGUCCAACAAUUAGAGAAAUAGUGAAUGACAUUAAGAAGGGUCUAAGACAUUACCAAGUCUUACCUAGUGGACUAAAUCAGUUUGAAGUAAGAGGAACUACAGAUGCUUAUGAAGUGGAUCUUGAAGAAAGAACUUGCUCAUGCAGGCUAUGGCAGCUUAAUGGAAUCAAUUGUGUCCAUUCUGUUGCAGCUAUUAGUUUUAUGAAUAGGGAUGUAGAGUCAUAUGUGGACAAAAUGUUUAGUAACCUCACUUAUAUGAAGGCUUACAAGUUUAGGUUAGCACCUAUGAAUGGAAGUAAUUUGUGGCCUGCAACUGAUUACACCCCACCUUUACCUCCUGUUCGUAGAGCUAUGCCUGGGAGACCUACAACUAAAAGGAAAAGGGAUGCAACAGAAACCCCAAACCGAUCAAGUAAAAAAUCAAAGACAACUACCCAAACACAAAACAAAGGUAAGGAGCAGGUGAAGGUAUCCAAGGCUGGUAAAAAACAAAAAUGUAGUCUUUGUAAGAUUGAAGGACACAACAAAAGAGCUUGUACUUUAACAAGGCCUCCUAAAACCAAAGCUAAAAGAAAAACAAAACAGGGUGUAGCUGAAGCUCUCAAUGAGGAUGAAAGUAAUCGAUCUAAUGCAGUCAAUGAUGGAGGAGCAGUAAAUGAUGGUGGAGAAGCAGUCAAUGAUGGAGGAGCAGUAAAUGAUGGUGCAGAAGCAGUCAAUGAGGUGCAUGUGCAACAAGACUAUGAUGAGGUGGAACUCACUCCUUUGGAGUUUGAUGCAUCAGCUAAUGGAGAACCUAGUCAGGUUCAUGUGCAAGAACAGGAGGCUAGAGAAACACCACUUGCAACCCUGUUGAAGAAAAUCAGGAGGAAGAAAUCUGAAAGGAUUAUCAAGUUGAAACUGGGCAAGAAAGUUGGUGGAAAUGAUGCACCUGGGGAUUCAGAAGCUAAACCUGUUACUCUAGAAUAA